UGGAGGGGCGCGAGCAAAACAGGGGCGGCGGAGGGGACGCCGCCGCCGCCGCUCCCGCCUCCUCUCCCCGCGCGGCUCCCCUUCGUCAGCGCCGCCUCCGGCCAUGGGGCGGCCGCCGCCUCCGCCGACCCAAGCGGGGCUUCCUCCUCCCUUCGUGCCUGAGGGCGCCGGGACGAGGCCUCGGAGGGGAGCCACUCGUGAGGCGACGAUAGAGACCCCUUGCUGUUGAAGCUUUCGGGAGGGACCGCCGGAUACGACUGCGCCCGUGAGAUGCCCGCAGGCAGGCGUUCUACUCCGUACGGCCCUCCUCCACUAGGCCUGCCAUGACAGCGUUCUUCACCAGCGUCCCCACCUGGAUUCAAGAUGCCAAGCAGGAGGAGGAGGAGGCGGGCUGGAAACUAGUGCCCAGGCCGAGGGGCCGCGAGAGCGAGAGCCAAGGGAAGUGUCAGUAUGAGCUGUCAGGACUCCCGUUCCCCGGCGUGGAGAAGCUGAGAGCAAACUCAGAGCAGAGGCCCUAUUGCUGCCCCCAGCUGCACUGCGGCAAGGCCUUUGCUUCCAAGUACAAGCUCUACAGGCACCUGGCCACCCACUCUGCCCAGAAGCCCCACCAGUGCAUGUACUGUGAGAAGAUGUUCCACCGCAAGGACCACCUCCGCAACCACCUCCAGACGCACGACCCGAACAAAGAGGCUCUCCACUGCCCGGAGUGCGGCAAGAACUACAACACCAAGCUGGGCUACCGGCGCCACCUGGCCAUGCACGCGGCGGCCAGCGGCGACCUCAGCUGCAAAGUGUGCCUGCAGAUGUUUGAGAGCACCCAGGUCCUGCUGGAGCACCUGAAGGCCCACUCCCGGAGGCCGUCGGGCAGCGUGAAGGAGAAGAAGCACCCCUGCGACCACUGCGACCGGCGCUUCUACACCCGCAAGGACGUGCGCAGGCACCUGGUGGUCCACACGGGCCGGAAGGACUUCCUGUGCCAGUACUGCGCCCAGCGCUUCGGCCGGAAGGACCACCUCACCAGGCACAUGAAGAAGAGCCACUCCCAAGAACUGCUGAAGGUCAAGGCGGAGCCGGUAGACAUGCUGGGCCUGCUCAGCUGCAGCUCGGCCGUCUCGGUGAAGGAGGAGCUGAGCCCCGUCUUGUGCAUGGCGUCCCGGGACGUGAUGAACAGCAAGGGUUUCCCGGGGAUGCUGCCCAUGGGCAUGUACGGGGCGCACGUCCCCGCCAUGCCCAGCUCAGGGAUGUCCCAUGCUUUGGUCCCCAACUCUUUGCCAAUGGGGAUGAGCUACCCCCUGGAAUCGUCGUCUUCCCCGCCACAGCCGCCUCCCAAAUACCAGCUCGGAUCUACCUCAUACUUGCCCGACAAGCUCCCCAAAGCAGAGGUGGAGAGCUGUUUGGCAGAGCUCCCCGGAGGCCUGCCUCUUGGCUCCGGCGAGCCGCCGCCGCUGCCGCCUUCUCCUCCGCAGCCGGCCCUCCUGGAGGACGCUUUGCUCUCCAAGAGCCCCGCCCUGCUUUCCGAGGCCCUCUGUGCUGCUAACAUGGACUUCUCCCACCUCCUGGGUUUCCUCCCCUUGAACCUUCCGUCGUGCACCCCGCCGGUCUCCUCGGGGGGGCUGGUCAUGGGCUACUCGCAGGGAGACACCCAGUCGCUCCUCGCCACUCUGCCCCCGCAGGAAUCGCCGGGAGCCACGGGCCCCCUCGGCUUUGGGGCCCUCCACUCGUUGCCCUCGAUGUUCUCCCCCGGCUUGGGCGCAACCACCUUGCCCCGCUUCCACCAAGCCUUCCAGUGAGAGGGGGGGGCGGAGCUUCCCCGGGCACGUGGA